UUCCUGUCUGUUUACAACUUCCGGUGUAAAUUUGAAACACAGACACUCAAGGAUGGCGUCGUCCCUGGCUCUAAAAAAUAGGCAGCGUCAGAAAAUGAAAGCCACGCCCCAGAAAGUCACGUGCCCCUAUUACGAGAAGAAACGAGACCCGCGAGAUGAAGAGUUCCCCAACUUCUGCAAAGAUCUCUUCUUCUCAGCCUUCCCCGCCCCCAUCCCUGACCGCAGGAUUGAUGACGAUAUUGAGACGGACCACAGCGAGUUCUUCAAACCCAUGGCCAGCCUAGGGUCGGGCCGGCUAGGGAAGACGUUCACGGUCCUACGUAAGGACUUCACCAAGUACGCCUGCACCAUUGUGAAGAAACAAGACCCCCGGAUGUUGGUGGCCAUGACUAAAAUCGACUCGAAGAAAAUCGACUACGUGGACGCCAUCCGUGCCACCCAACCCUUUGUGUUGGACGAGAAGGAGUACUCGCCCUUCAUCUGUCCCAUCUUACUGCGCUUCAAGAGUCGCCUCCCAUACCAAGUGGAACACUACUAUUUCAUCAGUGAGUACUGGCACAAUGGGACGUCAUUAUGUCAGCACCUGCAGACGGUCGGACGUCUACCUGAGAACGUCGCCAGGUUUUAUCUGGUCGAGCUGGCGGACGCUCUGGUCUACAUCCACCAGAAGGGGAAGAUACUCAGGCGCCUGUCCCUGUGCGCCCUGCUGAUUGAGCCCUACGGCCACCUUAAGCUGGCGCCCUACUGCCUGUGUGAGCAGAACUUGGACUGUGGCCAGCCGUGCAACAUGCUGGUCAGGAACUGUGGGGACCAGUUCUAUGCGGCCCCGGAGAUUGUCUUUGGCGUGGAUGUCCAUUUUGCUGCCGACUGGUGGUCGUAUGGUGUCAUCAUGUACCAGCUCCUCACUGGCCAGCUUCCGUUUACUGGGAGGACACUGGGCGACCUUGGCAAGGCCAUCACAGAGUGUUCAGUGGAGAUCCCAGACUUUGUGUCGGGGGAGGCGGCGGCGCUGAUCAAGCACCUCCUACACAAGGACCCCAGAAGACGUCUGGGAUUCAGCGAUGACGUCAACAACGGAAGCGAGUCGGGGUCAGUAGCCGUCAAGAACCAUCCGUUCUUCCAGAACAUUCUCUGGCGAAACGUCAGGAACACGUUGUUGACUCCGCCUAUGAAAUUUGAAGACUUCAAAGGUGAAGUGGACGUCAUAAGGGCGAGAAACCAGAAAAAUCCAGUUGAUAAAUGAUUUCAAAAGUAGCCUCCCUUUGACUAAAUAUUGCACGUCUUUUCGGCUUUAGGAAUAUAAUUUUGGACUAUUUUUUAAUAUAUUUUUUAAAUUUAAACUUUUUUAAAAAUUGGCUACUAAGUACAUUUGUCAGACCUAUAUUUGGUUGUCUAGAGGACAAUUUUGUAGCGGUGUUUACAUAACCGUGAGAAUUUUAAUGAGACGAAUUUGUCCAGAUGAAAAAAAAAUUACUGGCUCUAAACCAAAGUUUACAUUCAGCAAAUGUGCUGAUUAUUUGAUACAAGUUUAGUGAAAAAAU